AUGGUAGGACAGCCAUCUGUCAUCACCAUCCCUGCAGCACCAGCACAUCGGAUGCCAGCAGGAGUGGACGGCCCCACUUCUCCCAGUGUCUUCGCCUGCCACUUUCUGGAACCUGCUCUGUCCAGUCAGGCACUGAGGGCUUCUUCAAAUAUAGCUGAGACCGGGAACGGAUUCUUUGCCUCCAACAUCAGCGACCAAGUCCUCUGGAACUACCUCCAAAGAAGGAGGAGAAACAGGACGCUCUUGCGGGCCUGGGGUGGUGUGGAUGGCUUGAAGGGGGAUGCAGGAGCCAGAAGUACACUGAGGCUGCCAAUGGAGGGAAGAGAAGGCCUGGGUUCCCCGAACCGGCCCUGGCGGGAUCCGGUCCCAGUACCCCGAGACACACAGGCGGUUUCCUGGAGCCCCGCGGUUGGCCACGCGCCGCGCUCUCCGCCCGAUCGGGGACGCCGCGGCCACCGGCCGGAUGGAGGACUCCAGGGCACAGCGCUCAGGACGGGGCCGGCGGGGAUACUGCGCGCUGGCCGCUGCCCUGCUGUGGCCCAUCCUCCUGCCGCUGCGCGUCCAGUCCGCCCUGUCCCUCUCCGCAGGUCCAGGAACCCAUCUGAUUACCGGAUCCUGCUUGGGUACAACCAACUAAGCCAUCCCACGAAGCACAGCCAGCAGAUGACAGUGAAUAAGAUCCUGGUGCACGCUGACUAUAACAAGUUGCACCGCAUGGCGAGUGACAUCACCCUGCUGCAGCUGCACCGUCAUGUGGAAUUCAGCUCCCACAUCCUCCCCGCCUGCCUUCCGGGACCAACCACAGCAUUGGCCCCUUCCAGCUCCUGCUGGGUAUCUGGCUGGGGAAUGCUCACCGAGGAUGUCUUGCUGCCUGCGCCCUUCCAGCUUCAGGAGGCAGAGGUCGGCGUCAUGGAAAACAGUGUCUGCGCAUCCUUCUUCCAGCCCCAGCACCCCAGCCAGUCAAGCAGCAGUGACUACAGCAUCCAGGAGGACAUGCUGUGUGCUGGGGACCUCAUAACAGGAAAGGCCAUUUGCCAAGUGAGUGGGCUCAGUCUUUCUGCCCUGUGCUGCGCUGGGCCUCUGCCACAGGGUCUUCUCUGGACCCUGCCCCCGUCCUGAAUUCUUCCCAAGCCCAGCCAAGUCUGAAAUGUCGGAUCCAGGACAGACACCCCCAAAACACACUGGUCCAUCCGUUUUCUUUGCAUCUUUCAAGAAACGCUGUUGGCCAUGUGCUGUGGCUCAUGCCUGUAAUCCCAGCACUUUGGGAGGCCGAGGCAGGUGGAUCACUUGAGGUCAGGAGUUUGAGACCAGCCUAACCAACAUGGUGAAACCCGUCUCUACUAAAAAUACAAAAAUUAGGCGGGUGUGGUGGUGUGUGCCUGUAGUCCCAGCGACUCAGGAGGCUGAGGCAGGAGAAUCGCUUGAAUCCGGGAGGCAGAGGUUACACUUAGCCCAGAUCACUCCAGCCUGGGUGACAGAGCAAGACUCUGUC